GAGACCUGAGAUCUGAUCCGUGCUGCAGGCCUGGAUCUGCUUUAUCUCUGCUUUCAUUAAAACCACAUGGAGCAUCUUUCUGGAGUGUCAAUGUUAUGUGACAACAUGGCUACAAGCAACUGACCUCACCAGAGAAGUGUACCAGCAUUUAGCCCACUAUGUACCCAAAAUAUACUGCAGGGGUCCCAACCCUUUUCCACAGAAAGAAGACAUGCUGGCACAGCAUGUUUUGUUGGGACCAAUGGAAUGGUACCUUUGUGGUGAAGAUCCUGUGUUUGGAUUUUCAAAACUUGAACAAACAAACAAACCUUCUCAUCUUUGUGGUCGUGUUUUUAAAGUAGGAGAGCCUACGUACUCUUGCAGAGACUGUGCAGUUGACCCAACUUGUGUUUUAUGCAUGGAGUGCUUUUUGGGAAGUGUUCACAGAGACCAUCGGUAUAGGAUGACAACAUCAGGAGGUGGAGGUUUCUGUGACUGUGGUGAUACUGAAGCUUGGAAAGAGGGUCCUUACUGUCAAAAACAUGAACUUAACACCUCUGAAAUUGAGGAAGAAGAGGAUCCUCUUGUGCAUUUAUCAGAAGACAUGAUAGCAAGAACUUAUAACAUUUUUGCUAUAAUGUUUCGGUACGCAGUAGCGAUAUUAACCUGGGAAAAAGAAAAUGAAUUGCCAGGAGACUUAGAGAUGGUAGAGAAGAGUGAUACUUACUAUUGCAUGCUGUUUAAUGAUGAGGUUCACACCUAUGAACAAGUUAUUUAUACUCUUCAGAAAGCUGUUAACUGUACACAGAAAGAAGCUAUUGGCUUUGCAACAACAGUAGAUCGAGAUGGACGUAGGUCUGUUCGAUAUGGAGACUUCCAGUAUUGUGAACAAGCAAAAUCAGUAAUUGUGAGAAAUACCAGUCGGCAGACAAAGCCACUCAAAGUUCAAGUUAUGCAUUCAUCUAUUGUUGCACACCAGAAUUUUGGUUUGAAAGUUUUGUCUUGGCUGGGAAGUAUUAUUGGAUAUUCAGAUGGUCUUCGCCGGAUUUUGUGUCAAGUUGGUUUACAAGAAGGGCCAGAUGGUGAAAACUCUUCUCUUGUGGAUAGACUAAUGCUUAGUGAUUCCAAACUGUGGAAAGGUGCUAGGAGUGUGUAUCAUCAGUUGUUCAUGAGCAGUCUGCUUAUGGAUUUGAAAUACAAGAAACUGUUUGCUAUUCGAUUUGCAAACAAUUACCAGCAGUUGCAGAGAGAUUUUAUGGACGAUGAUCACGAGCGAGCAGUUUCGGUGACUGCUCUGUCUGUCCAGUUCUUCACCGCACCUACUCUGGCUCGAAUGCUCAUCACAGAAGAAAACCUGAUGACCAUCAUCAUUAAGACUUUUAUGGAUCAUUUGAGACAUCGAGAUGCCCAGGGCAGAUUUCAGUUUGAACGAUAUACUGCUUUACAAGCCUUCAAGUUUAGGAGAGUUCAGAGCCUAAUUUUAGAUCUCAAGUAUGUAUUAAUUAGCAAGCCAACUGAAUGGUCAGAUGAGCUGAGGCAGAAGUUCCUAGAAGGGUUUGAUGCCUUUUUGGAAUUACUGAAAUGUAUGCAGGGAAUGGAUCCAAUUACACGUCAAGUAGGACAGCAUAUUGAAAUGGAACCAGAAUGGGAAGCAGCUUUUACUUUACAAAUGAAAUUAACACAUGUCAUUUCAAUGAUGCAAGACUGGUGUGCUUUAGACGAAAAAGUUCUAAUUGAAGCUUACAAGAAAUGCCUUGCUGUAUUGAUGCAGUGUCACAGUGGUUUUACUGAUGGUGAACAGCCAAUCACACUAAGCAUUUGUGGACAUUCAGUGGAAACUAUCAGAUACUGUGUUUCCCAAGAAAAAGUUAGCAUUCACCUCCCAGUUUCUCGCUUACUUGCAGGUUUGCAUGUAUUAUUAAGCAAAAGUGAAGUGGCAUAUAAAUUUCCAGAGCUCCUACCUCUAAGUGAACUUAGCCCCCCCAUGCUGAUAGAACACCCUCUUAGAUGUCUUGUUUUAUGUGCCCAAGUACAUGCUGGAAUGUGGAGAAGAAAUGGGUUCUCUCUAGUAAACCAGAUUUAUUACUACCAUAAUGUGAAAUGCAGACGUGAGAUGUUUGACAAGGAUAUAGUAAUGCUUCAGACAGGUGUUUCCAUGAUGGAUCCAAAUCAUUUCCUGAUGAUAAUGCUCAGCCGCUUUGAACUUUAUCAGAUUUUCAGUACUCCAGACUAUGGAAAAAGAUUUAGUUCUGAGAUUACCCAUAAGGAUAUAGUUCAGCAGAACAAUACUCUAAUAGAAGAAAUGCUAUACCUCAUUAUAAUGCUUGUUGGAGAGAGAUUUAGUCCUGGUGUUGGGCAGGUAAAUGCUACGGAUGAAAUUAAGCGGGAGAUUAUCCACCAAUUGAGCAUCAGACCUAUGGCUCACAGCGAAUUGGUCAAGUCUUUACCUGAAGAUGAGAACAAGGAAACUGGCAUGGAGAGUGUAAUUGAAGCAGUUGCCUGUUUCAAGAAACCUGGAUUAACAGGACGAGGCAUGUAUGAACUGAAACCAGAAUGUGCCAAAGAAUUCAACUUGUAUUUCUAUCACUUUUCAAGGGCAGAGCAGUCAAAGGCAGAGGAAGCUCAACGGAAAUUAAAAAGACAAAAUAGGGAAGAUACAGCACUUCCACCUCCAGUUUUGCCUCCAUUCUGCCCACUGUUUGCAAGUCUGGUUAACAUCUUGCAGUCGGAUGUCAUGUUGUGCGUCAUGGGAACAAUACUGCGGUGGGCUGUAGAACAUAAUGGUUAUGCCUGGUCAGAGUCCAUGCUUCAGAGGGUGUUACAUUUAAUUGGAAUGGCACUACAAGAAGAAAAACAACAUUUAGAGAAUGUCAUGGAAGAGCAUGUAGUAACAUUUACCUUCACUCAGAAGAUAUCAAAACCUGGUGAAGCACCAAACAACUCUCCUAGCAUACUAGCAAUGCUGGAAACCCUACAAAAUGCUCCCUACCUAGAAGUCCACAAAGACAUGAUUAGGUGGAUAUUGAAGACUUUUAACGCUAUUAAGAAUAUGCGGGAAAGUUCAUCUACCAGUCCUGUGGCAGAGACAGAAGGAACCAUAAUGGAAGAGAGUUCAAGGGACAAAGACAAAGCUGAGAGGAAGAGAAAAGCUGAGAUUGCCCGACUACGCAGAGAAAAGAUCAUGGCCCAGAUGUCGGAGAUGCAGCGGCACUUUAUUGAUGAGAACAAAGAACUCUUUCAGCAGACGUUAGAACUAGAUGCAUCUACCUCUGCUGUUUUUGAUAAUAGCCCUGUGGUUUCAGAUAUGACACUUACAGCACUGGGCCCAGCACAAACAUGGGUCCCUGAACAGAGACAAUUUGUUACCUGUAUAUUGUGUCAAGAGGAACAAGAGGUUAAGGUGGAAAGCAGAGCAAUGGUCUUGGCAGCAUUUGUUCAAAGAUCAACUGUAUUGUCAAAAAAUAGAAGUAAAUUCGUUCAAGAUCCAGAGAAAUAUGAUCCAUUAUUCACACAGCCUGAUCUGUCUUGCGGAACACACACUGGUAGCUGUGGACAUGUUAUGCAUGCCCAUUGUUGGCAAAGGUAUUUUGAUUCCGUUCAAGCUAAGGAACAGCGAAGACAACAGAGAUUACGCUUACAUACAAGCUAUGAUGUUGAAAAUGGAGAAUUCCUUUGUCCCCUUUGUGAAUGUUUGAGUAAUACUGUUAUUCCUCUGCUGCUUCCUCCAAGAAAUAUUUUUAACAGCAGGUUAAAUUUUUCAGACCAACCAAAUCUGACUCAGUGGAUUAGAACCAUAUCUCAGCAAAUUAAAGCAUUGCAGGUUCUUAGGAAAGAAGAAAGUACUCCUAAUACUGCCUCUUCAAGGAAUUCAGAAAAUGUGGGUGAAUUGCAGCUUCCUGAAGGGUUUAGGCUUGAUUUUCAUCCGAAGAACCCUUAUUCUGAAAGCAUAAAAGAAAUGCUGACAACAUUUGGAACUGCUACUUAUAAGGUGGGACUAAAGGUUCAUCCCAAUGAAGAGGAUCCCCGUGUGCCCAUAAUGUGUUGGAGUAGUUGUGCAUACACCAUCCAAAGCAUAGAAAGAAUUUUAAGUGAUGAAGAUAAACCAUUGUUUGGUCCCUUGCCUUGCAGACUGGAUGACUGUCUUAGGUCACUGACAAGAUUUGCAGCAGCACAUUGGACAGUUGCAUCACUUUCAGUGGUGCAAGGACACUUCAGUAAACUUUUUGCAUCCUUGGUGCCUAAUGAGAACCAUGAAGAUCUUCCAUGCAUAUUAGAUAUUGACAUGUUUCAUUUAUUGGUGGCCUUGGUGCUUGCUUUCCCUGCGUUGCAGUGUCAGGACUUUUCAGGGAUCAGCCUCGGCACUGGGGACCUUCACAUUUUCCAUCUGGUUACUAUGGCACACAUUGUACAGAUCUUACUUACCUCAUGUACAGAAGACAAUGGCAUGGAUCAAGAAAAUCCCACUGGUGAAGAAGAAUUAGCAGUUCUUACUUUGUAUAAAACACUUCGCCAGUACACAGGAAGUGCCUUGAAAGAAACACCCUCAGGCUGGCAUCUGUGGAGGAGUGUCAAAGCUGGAAUCAUGCCUUUCUUGAAGUGUUCUGCUUUGUUUUUUCAUUACUUAAAUGGAGUUCCUUCCCCAGCCGAGCUUGAAGCUACUGGAACAAGCCAUUUUGAUCAUUUAUGUCACUAUCUUUCCCUACCAAACAACCUCAUUUGCCUUUUUCAAGAAAAUAGUGAGAUAAUGAAUUCACUUAUUGAAAGUUGGUGUCAUAACAAUGAAGUUAAAAGAUAUUUGGAAGGUGAAAGAGACGCUAUAAGCUAUCCAAGAGAACCUAACAAACUAAUAGACCUUCCAGAGGAUUACAGCAGCCUCAUUAAUCAAGCAUCUAAUUUCUCGUGCCCCAAAUCAGGUGGUGAUAAAAGCAGAGCCCCAACUCUGUGCCUUGUUUGUGGAACCCUGCUGUGCUCUCAGAGCUACUGCUGUCAGACUGAACUGGAAGGGGAGGACGUAGGAGCUUGCACAGCUCACACCUACUCCUGUGGCUCAGGGGUGGGCAUAUUCCUUAGAGUACGGGAAUGUCAGGUGCUAUUCUUAGCUGGCAAAACCAAAGGCUGUUUUUAUGCUCCUCCGUACCUUGAUGACUACGGGGAGACUGACCAGGGACUCAGGCGGGGAAAUCCUUUACAUUUGUGCAAAGAGCGCUUUAAGAAGAUUCAAAAGCUCUGGCAGCAGCACAGUAUCACAGAGGAGAUUGGACAUGCACAGGAAGCAAAUCAGACACUGGUUGGCAUUGAUUGGCAACAUUUAUAAUUUCUUCACUACCAAAAACAUAAAUUUUGAUUUUUGUAACCCAGCUGGCUUUUCAAGAAAGAGAAUAGGAAAUAAGGUCUGCUGAAUUUGGAAAUAAAUUCUUUAUUUAAGCUUUCCUUCCCAGUUUUAUUUUUAUAGUUUCUGGCUCUAGGGAUUAGAUGAAAAUCAUCUUUCAUCAGCAGAUUCCUUUGUAUCAUUUGCUAUUUCCCUCCAUUUGUAACUUCUCAGGUUUUAGGAUUCAGUAAGGCUUCUCUUCCUGGUUCUAGAGCCCGUGAUGGAAGUCCAACUGACUCUGGCUGUUUCCAGUAAUCUAAGCCAUUUUACGUUAUCGACUAUAGCAAACUGUAGGCCUGAAGCUGAUUCAACAGAGGCAGAAAAUAAAGUCUCUGGUGUUUGGUGUCACACUUCCUGGUCCUUCUCAGUGACUCUCAGCACUGGGAUUUGGUUUGAUUUUCCCCUCUGCUAAAGGGAUCCUAACUCUUAAGAGCAAAGCAGUUGAUUAUGAAGGUAUCCAUCGAUUACAGGAAGAUUGGAAGACACUCGUGAGUGAGGAGCCCAUGGGGAAGCUGGGGGCAAGGUGAUUUCUAAGUAUGCUGGGUGGUUUUUCACUGCUUUUCUCCAUAGGUUCACCAUGAUUAAAUUUAAAAUUUUAAGACCAGGGUUCUCCCUCUAUAAGUGGAUUUUAAACAUUUAAACAUGUAGAAGGGUGACUUAUUUUUUUCUUUUUUUGGUGAGACUUUUGGCUUUGAGAGAAAAAUGUUAAAGGGCUUUUUGAAAAUUUGAUAAAUAUCCUAACUUUUCAGGUGGUAACAUUCUCUGGUAUCAUUUCUAAGACAAAAUUGAGAGCAUGUAUGCAUCUACAAUCAAACACUAGCAAAAAAAAAAUGAGACUGAGACCCUGGAUUUUGAGUUCCCCCACUCCCACCUCUACCAUCAUUUCCUGGAAUAAGUGAAUCACUACUUACCUGCUGGCUCACUUAGUUCAUUCCUAGGACUGCCUGUGCACUCAGGCUUUUUUUUUUUCUUUUUUCUUUUUAAACAUUGUUCUGUAAGAGGUGCCUUCCUAGAAUGAUAGUCACUUAGUAAAAUAACUUACAGCUAUUAUAUACCACAUGACCACUCUCAAAUGGUACAUGUGCUAAAAGCUUAAAUACUAGCAGAGAGUGAUUGCAGAUUUAGUGAAGGAAUAAAUUCUGGGCCUCUCUAAGGUAGGCUAAAGGGCAAAUAAAUAAUAAGAGGCUCUUGGAUUUCUUUUAACCAAUGCAAGAGCCCUUUCACUCAGUUUUCUUUGAACUGCAUUUAUAAGUUCCUUUACACUCACCUUUGUCCACUCCACAGAACACCCAGGAGGAAGGUCAGAAAUCCAAACCUUAGGCUAAAAUAAGUAUGGAUAUGGAAGUAGCUUUCACUGUUUUCCUCUCCAACGUACUGUGUGAAAGAGCCUCCUCCUCUUGGAAGGGUGAUAUGAGCCAUUCUUGCUUGGGACUGGCUUACCCAGCUUAGAGGAAGACCAACAGGAAGAAAAUAAAUUAAAAUCCAGUUCUCUGCCCCCUUUUUUUGGCCUUUCUUCCUUUUAUAAGAUCCGGUUAUUUGGGCUAUGGAUGGUAUAAUAAUUUAAUGUUUAUUUUGGUCUUUGUCACAUCCUGGUUCCUUCAAGCUUCUUUUGGCUUUUCUCCAUAGGUUCACCAUGCUUAAAUUUAAAAUUUGAAGACCAGGGUUCUCCCUCUAUAUGUGGAUUUUAAACAUUUUCACCAAAUCAUAACAAUCCUCCUUCAGGCCUUAUUUCAUGGACACCUGGAAUUAACAGAGGAUGUCCCUGGAUUCCAUUCUCUGAAAAUGAAUUCACUAAAAUAGCAACAUACACACACAUUUAUCUUCUGGUGUGUGCACUGUUAAGCUAGUUGUCUUCCCUACCUAACGAAUCAUCUUGGUUUUAUGAUUUGUUCCGCAUGUAUUAUGUUUAUUGUAGAAAUGUUUAUAUAACAUAUGCUUUCCAUAUCAGGGAAAAACAUAUCUGUUUAAUAAAUUGGCUAUAACUUUAAUAUCUAUGGACAACUUGUAAAAUUUGGAAUGUAUCAUAUGUAAAAAGUUUAAAGAUAUCCUCCAAAUAAAUGCUUUAGGUGUUGACAUUA